UGUCGGUAUAAAAAGUGCAUUUACUAUCGGAAGACUAAAUGCUCAAGGAGUAAAAGGACUGAAAUGAUGUGGAAUGGAGGAGGCGUGUUCAGCCACAGUCGGAGUAGCACGCCCAAGAACUCUCGUCUCUCGCAUCCCAUCACGCUGGGCAAGCACGAUUGGACCAUCGAAGACUUCAUGACCCGCGACGAGGGCGUGGGCGUGUCCCUCAAUACCAAGUUCACCGUUCCGGCCCAUGAGGUCAAAUCCGGCGCGUUGGUCGAGACCAUUUGGCGAAUCAAGGUGUAUCCGCGUGGAUGCGAUGCCGAUCACGCCAACUACGCCUCCAUCUUCAUCAAUCAGGUGGCCGGACCACCGGUUUGGGUCAAAUAUACCUUUUGCAUCCUGGGUCCGCCCAACAAUCUGGGCCCCAAUCCGGGUUUGAACGACCCGUUUCGAAUGCAAGCCGUGGAACACAACGCCCAUGUGGGCUCGGUGCAGUUUCUGGCCGAUCGGCGGAAGAGUUCGCGGGGCUGGAAGAAAUUCAUCGGAUUGGCCAUGCUCCGAGCCCCGAAUAAUCCGUUUUUGCAGGAUCACAGCCUGGUCAUCCGAUGUCGGGUCGAGUUGGAAUGUCGGGAUCAAUUACAUCCGGAAGCCAGCACGCCCGAUAAUGCGGGCGGGGGUAGUAUGGCCAGCCCGUUGACCACGAGCGGUCCCAUGCGUUGGACCGGUGGGUGUGGCGGGGUGGGACGAGAGGGUCGCACAUUCAUGGACGAAAUGAAGUACACGGAUGUGUCGUUGGUGUGUGAAGAACGGGAAUUCCCGUGUCACAAAUACAUGUUGGCUCGGAAAUCGGACGUGUUCGAUGCCAUGUUUAGUCACGAAUUCAAAGAGUCCUUGUCCAAUCGGGUCCUGAUCACGGACUUGAGCUCGGAAGCCGUGUUGGAGAUGUUGCGGUUCAUGUACACCAAUCGGGUGGUUCAUUUGGAACGGAUCAAUCGGAAACUGUUUGCCGCGGCUGAUAAAUACAAUAUUGGCGAGUUAAAGGACACGUGUGAAAAGUCCCUGUGUUCCAAUAUGAGUAUCGACAACGUUUGCUCGCUGUUAUUGUUUGCCCGUGAUCGAAUGGCCGAGCAAUUGAAGAAGAAAGCCAUUGAGUUCAUCUCUCGGAACUCAGUGGACGUGACCAACUCUGUGGGUUGGAAAGAUCUCGUUCACGAACCCGCUCUCGUCACGGAAGUUGUUCAAGCCAUGGGACCGAAAUACAUGUGAAACCCGUCAAUCACGUCUGACUCUGUCAAAAUUUCUAGAAAGGUUUAAUCGUUGGAGUGCCUUAUUUUCAUUGCAGA